ACAUCCUACCGUUUUCAUAUUCCAAGAAGAUAAAAAUGGCCGCCAGAAUCUCAGUCGCACGCGUCGCGCGCCAAUUCACCUCUUCUGCUGCUGCCAGGAGGCCCUCGGCUUUUGUGUGCCAAAGGUGGCAGCAGCAGCAGGCACGGCCGUCGCAACGGCUAUUCUCGGUAUCUGCCGCACUUAAGGAGAAGAAGUAUACCGAGGACCAUGAGUGGAUUGAGAUGUCUGCUGACGGCAAGACCUGCACCCUUGGUAUCUCGGAAUACGCUGCAAAGGCCCUCGGCGACGUAGUCUACAUCGAGCUCCCCCAGGUAGAAAUGGACGUCAGCGAAGGCGACGCCAUUGGCGCUGUCGAGUCUGUAAAGUCGGCUUCCGAUAUCCUCACACCCAUCUCUGGUACCGUGGUAGAGGUCAACACGGCGCUCGAGAGCAAGCCGGGCGAUGUCAACAAGGACCCCGAGGGUGAGGCGUGGAUUGCGAAGAUCACCGUGUCGGCUGAGCCGAGCAUGAAGACGAUGAGCAAGGAGGAGUAUGCUGCGUUUACUGAGGAGUAAACUUGGGGUUAUGUUUAGGAUGGAAGGGAGACAUGUAGAGGUAACGAUACCUGGGCGCAUGCUUCAACACGAUAUGCGAGAGAUGUAGUUAUGAUUCUGAUGAACACCUUUGAUGCGGACUUAGGUUUGAUUCAUAGGCAUGGUAGAGAUCUAGGAGAGUUGUUUCUGGCAACCAAUAGAGUAUCAUCCACAAUCAACUUCAAUAUCCCACGGCCAA